UUCAUUAUAAAACCACGCCAGGGGAGCGUGUGUUCGCCACGCUGCUGCUGCCUGCCACUGCAUACGGCUACUACCACCGCGAACCCAACCAUCUCCAUCCAUCUCACAAGCUCCUAGUCGCCAUGGCCGUGAACGACACCAAGCUGGCCGCCGUGGCCGACGCUGAGAACCCGGCUGUGGUGUGCGGCAACGUCGACGACUCCAAGUCGUCCAUCGACUUCGCGGGGCGCGCAAACUGGCUGCGCGCGGCGGUGCUGGGCGCCAACGACGGGCUGGUCUCCACGGCGUCCCUCAUGCUCGGCGUCAGCGCCGUCAAGCCCGACGCGCGCGCCAUGGUCGUGUCCGGGUUCGCGGGACUACUGGCCGGGGCGUGCAGCAUGGCCAUCGGAGAGUACGUGUCCGUCUGCUCCCAGCGGGACGUGGAGAUCGCGGAGCUGGACCAGGCCGGAAAGCGUGGCGGCGACGAGGAGAAGGCACUGCCAAGCCCGGCACAGGCCGCCGCGGCCUCCGCGCUGGCUUUCUCCGUCGGGGCGCUCCUACCGCUGCUGGCUGGUGGGUUCAUCGUGGGUUACAACCUGCGGGUGGCCGUGGUGGUCGUCGUGGCGACGUUGGCGCUGGCCGCGUUCGGAUGCGUGGGCGCCGUGCUGGGGCGGGCCCCCGUGGCGAGGUCGUGCGCGCGGGUGGUGGUGGGCGGACUGGCUGCCAUGGCCGUCACCUUUGGGUUCAUGAGGCUCUUCCGAGCCAGCGGCGUAUGAGAAACUGACAUGGUCUUCGUCGCCGUCCUCGCGUGCGUAGGUCAUGUGCGGGCAUCGUCCAUACUCUUCUCGGAAUAAAGUGUCCAGUACUAGCCGACUUAUUUUCUUGUACCUGGUCUGACUUAUUUUCUUCCUUGUAAUUGUAAUCAAACGGCAAAUGAAAACGUUUGAACUCGUACACCGUACUUUUUUU